AUGAGUUCUAUUGGUCCUAGACGCACACUACCAUGCGUGCCCUCCUCGCCCUUCACGCCCUUACGGGCGUGAUGCUGACCACUCGCGCAUCUGCUGCUUCCUCCUCCUCUUAUCCUCUCUACCACCGCUUCAUCCCUUCUUCUGCGGCCUCUGUCCCUGAAUUUGAGCCCUACGGCGAUAUCACUCUAGACUUUGAUCAACAGCCAGUAGGACGGUUCGAGCCGUUUGGCUCCAGAGCGCCACUGACCGACGAUGGAGCGGGAACGUACCAGCUGGGAUUGAAAGUGGGAGAAGACAUGUUGAUGACUUCGACUAAGUCGUGCUACACGUCCGCUCCGCAGGUCUACACUUUUUCCCUGAGCCUUCCAGAUCCUGAAUCACCACCUCAAUCACUCAAUCUCAAAUUGGCCAACAUCCCAGCUUCUGGAGAAUGCCCGAAGGGCUGGUACGCUGCAGGAGACCGCUUGACUCUGCCAGGAGGCAUCGCAACAGGCGUCGAGAUCAAUUUGCCGACCAAGGUUCAGGGACCGUCUCUCUCUCCACCACCGUCACUCGACAAAGCCACUGGUAAAGUCAAAGAGCCGGAACCCGAAAAGACAUUCUUCCAAAAGUAUUGGCUGGCAAUCGUUGGAAUAGGUUUCUUUGCUUUCUCAUUGCUGGGUCCAGCUCCACCCGAGGGCAGAUGAUGCAUGUGCGUGUGGA